GGCUGGUGAAGACUUAGACAUAGAAGAUUGUGUAAUAAUAAAGCAUGGCGAUAUAUAAUUUCAUGUCUUUUAUGGUGAUUAUGUUUAUGGUUCACUCGUAUGGAAAUGGACAAAUGAUCAAACAGAAAUUUCUGUGUAAUUAUUUUAACAGCGAAUAUUCUAACUGUACAGGAUUAAGUCGUAGUGAGACCCUAAGUUGUGAUCCAUACUACGUUAUCAUGAUAACUAAUGUUUCACUUGGUUAUUACAAUGAAACAGAAGAACAGACUUGUUGUCAGAAGAUACCAGAUAAUAUCUGUACCGUAGAAGUAAAUAAGGAGAAUAAUCUCGGAUACUAUUAUUACUAUGCAUCAUCAUGUGCAUUAUCUCAUACAUGUGUUAUAGAUUUGAAUUAUUAUUAUGGUUUUCUCAGUAACGACAAUAAUUGUUCAUUCACACAAUUACUGACCUACACUGAAUACAUGUGUGUUAGUAAUACAUCAAUUUUAAAUAUGACCAAACCUGGGAUGAACCACAACUUGAACAGUUUCUCUUUGGCUUAUACCAUAGAUCGUUAUCCUGAGAUUGAUAACCAUUUCUACUGUAGUUGUGAGAUCACAGUGGAUGAUGAUGAUGUGUAUAUUUAUACCACGGUCUCGUUUCUUGGACUUAAUGUUGUUUAUAAUACUAGUGUGACGAUUUAUAGUCCAAAUCAUACAGUUCGUUAUGACGUGAACAACACGGACAUGACCAAUGUUGAUAACUUUGGGUACAAACAUCUGCUUUAUAAACAAUUAAAACAGACAAAGGGUCCAAUUUAUCUGGUGUAUGAAGGUGAUGAACUACAACCUUAUAUUGAUAAGAUAUGGAUUGAUUUUAAAGCGUCUAAAGGUCGUCUCAACGUCAACUGUAAAGGCUGUCGGAGUGGUUAUUCUAUACCACCAGUAUUUAACGUUCCACCAACAGUUCAAAUGACAGAUCUCAAAGGUACAAUGGGUACUACAUCACCUAUCAAUAAAACUGCUCUAAUUAGUGUUCUGGUCAUCAUUGCUGUACUCGGGCUUGUGAUGAUGGGUGUUGUUUUUUAUAAGAAACGAAAAUGUAUCAAAGACAAAAUCGAAACAGCUAAAUAUAUCCCAACAAAAUCGGAGCCGGUGUCAGAUGUACCGACAGCAUCAAGAACGGUGUCAGAAAUAGAAACAGUAUCAGGAAACGUCUCAAAUAUACCAACAGUGUCAGGAACUGAUUCUUUACCGCCAGUAUCAGGAGAUGGGUCUGAGAUGUACGAUACACUGGAAAUGAAUAACCAACUAGUUGAUGUCUAUUCAGAAUAUACCGACAGUCUUAAAUUAACAUUCUGAUUGAAACUAUGUCCAUGUUUUUCUUGGUAUUUUCUUUCUACUGUGUUGUUUUGUGCAUGUAUAUAACAUUGCCUCGUUAUAUUUUAUAUUUUUAUCAUUGCUUGAUAAAAAAUAGAGAUGCCUUGUUGAAACCUCGCCCAGUAAUAAGCAGUAAUUGUAUUCCUUAGAAUUGUGACGUGUGUAUGACACACGGACUUAGUCUGUAAAUAUUGGUACCAUUGCAACAUGUCUACGGACUUAUUUCUAUUGUAAAUAUUGACACCAUGGUAACAUGCCUACGGACUUAUUUCUAUUGUAAAAAUUGAAACCAUGACAACAUGUCUACGGACUUUGUUGUAAAUAUUGAUACUAUGGCAACGUGUCCAUGGCCUUAUACCGUAUUUUGACAUGGAGGACAACUUGUAUAUAUUUAAUGGAGUGGACACCUUUUGAUAGAUCGGAUACUAUGUAUAAAUUUUAUAGAGCAUUAUAUAUUUGAUACAGCUGGCAACUUGUAUAUAUUUGAUACAGCUGGCAACUUGUAUAUAUUUGAAACAGCGGGCAUCUUGUGUAUAUUUGAUGUAGAUACUUGAAUUAAACUUUCUAUAAUUGAUAGAGUGGGCGCCUUGUGUAUAUUUGAUACGAGUGAGCAGCUUGUGCAUAUUUGAUGUAGAUGCUUGAAUUAACCUUUAACUAAUUGUUUAAUCAGUUUUAUUCAUUGUUCUUUUGUUGUUAUAUUUGUAUCUUAUUUGUUGCUAGAUAAAUGUAAACUAUUCGCCGUUGCACGGGUGCCUUCUAUAAUUUUAAUUUUAAGUUAAAAAUUUGGCAGUAUUUCCUUAAGGUCCUGAAAAGUAAUGUAUGCUCUCUUCGUAAUACCCAUAAUAACACAAUGACCUGUACAUAUCAAUUGUAUCAAUAAAUAGUCAUUUAAAUACAAAAUAUAUAUCAUCAUUAAAUUACUUGUAAAACGGGUUAUCGUGAACUUAUUUGAGACCGUUCCGUUGCUUUAUAUGCAACGGGAAAUGUUGGCUGUUCGGAUAAACUGCCCCCUCCCCCACCCAUGGCGUCUUCAUUAGCCCUGUUAGGACUGACAUGUACGCAAGCAUAUAAAUUUAUAUCUUAUUGAUCAUUAUUGUUAUUUUAUUUUAUAUAGUAUUAUUAUUAUUAUUAUUAUUAUUAAGAUUUUGUAUUUUGUUAUAUAUAUUAUU